AUGGCCCCAAAGGGCUUUCUCGUCCUAGUGUUCGUCCCUAGUCCCCCCCAGGCCGUGUUGCAGAACGGGUGGCAAAUACGGCCAUUGUUUGGCAGGUCAAGCGAGUAUCCGGCAGGGGUCACUCAAGCUGGUAUCCAAUUAUUUGCUACGUUUCGCGAAGAAGAGCUCAGGACGAGUGUGGGAUUGUGGGACGCUCGGGGCUUCCUAUGCAGCCUACCUGAUCGUCUCCAGUCGAGACUCGAGGGUUUGCCGAUCGAAAACUGCAUGUUCCAUUGUUUGUCCUGCGAGCUCUCUUUAAAACUCUGCCGCUCGAGUUUCGUCCUUGAUUGCUCCGGGCUGCAACAGGCAAAGAGCCCGCCUGGUAGAGGGUGGUUACACAUGCCCGUUCCCCACGUCGUCCCCGCAUGCACGAAUGAGAUGAUAUAA